AUGGAUCCUUCAAAGAUAAGAGAGAAAAUCGGCCGCUUUCGAAUCCUCGUCGUAGGAAGAGCGAAUGCCGGAAAAACUACCAUACUACAGCGAGUUUGCAACACACGGGACGACCCAGAAAUCCACAACAGCUCCGGGGAAAAGAUUGAACUUGCAGUUAUAGAGGCAUCCAGAGAGCGUGGACUGCACGACAUCAAUAACGAAAUGGUGUUUCGAAGCAACCAGGGGUUCAUUUUUCACGAUUCUCGCGGGUUUGAGUCAGGCGGCGAAGCGGAAUUCAUCAAGGUCAAGGGAUUUAUCGCUGACCGUUCCAAGGAAAAGAAAAUAACAAAUAGACUUCAUACUAUAUGGUAUUGCAUCCCAAUGGACGAAGCACACAGGUCGUUCACUGCAGCUGAGCAGAAAUUCUUCUCUGAGUGCGACACAGGAACCAUUCCAGUGAUCGUAGUGUUCACGAAGUUCGACGCCCUCUACGAUGUAGCAUACACACAACUGAAAAAGGAAGGAAAAUCACGGAAAGACGCUCAAGAACUGGCCCCGAAACGCGCCGAAGAAACAUUCCCGGAUGGACCGCAAUUGAAGUUUCUCAAGGGCGUCAAAUGGCCUCCAAAAGGUCAUGUAUGCCUCCCUAAUAUGAACGAGGAUAAUGCAGAUUGUGGGGCGCUGAUCGAAUGCACGGCUGCAACUUUGAACAAUGAAAUGCUGGAGCAAUUAUUCGUCUCGACUCAGCAGACCAACUUGGAGAUCUGCAUGAGAUAUGCAAUUGAGAAGUAA